AACAGAAAAUACAACUCACUCAUUCAUUGUCGUUCUGUGUUUGAAGAUUGUCGUUUAAAGCACUCAACCUCUGAAAACUGCAAUUUCCAAACCGAACGAUAUGGAUCCCAAAUUCACAGAAGUUUCUCAGUUGUUCGAUCGUUUCAAAGCUGCUUUUCUCAGAAACGAUUUCGAUUCCGCUUCAAAUCUCCUUUCCCAGCUUAAGGUGUUACUAACAGGGUUCAGAAGCCUUCCACCCUUGUUUGCAGAUACACCUAAUGCAGUUCAAGAGCUAACUAUUGCAAGGGAUAUAUACGAACAUGCCGUUGUCCUUAGUGUAAAAAUUGAGGAUCAAGAUGCCUUUGAAAGAGAUUUCUUUCAAUUGAAACCUUACUACACUGAUGCACGUAAUCGUCUUCCCCAAUCUCCUCAGGAGUACCCAAUACUUGGUCUCAACCUGUUGAGACUUCUUGUGCAGAAUAGGAUUGCUGAAUUCCAUACUGAAUUGGAAUUGCUUUCAUCCACGGCUCUGGAGAAUCCUUGUAUUAAGCACGCUGUGGAGUUGGAGCAAUCCUUUAUGGAAGGGGCAUACAACCGUGUCUUGAGUGCUCGACAGACAGUACCACAUGAAACAUAUGUGUAUUUCAUGGAUCUUUUGGCAAAGACCAUCAGAGAUGAGAUAGCAGGAUGCAGUGAGAAGGCAUAUGACUAUCUUUCAAUUAAUGAUGCUAAGCAGAUGUUGCUGUUCACCAAAGACCAGGAACUCUUGGAAUAUAUUAAGGAGGAGCACCCUGAAUGGGAAAUCAAGAACGGUUCUGUCUAUUUUCAAAAGGCAAAGGAUUCUGCACCUUGCAAAGAAAUACCCUCCCUGCAACUCAUCAACCAAACACUUAGUUAUGCUAGGGAGUUGGAGAGGAUUGUCUGAAAAGAAAUGGAUGCAAUGGCUUUUGUGUUUUCCAAGAUUGCUAAUACUGUCUAAUGAAAUUGUUUAGUUCUGAUUCAGUGUGGAACUGUAAAAUGACUAUUCUCUUUAUUUUGUUCAUCUAGGUGCUGUAUUGUUCCUUUGUGUACCCUUUUCUUUCUUCUUUACAGUGCUCAAAAUCAUUCUAUACUUGUGUUGACUACUUGAUGAAUUUCAAAUCCAUUGUAAGGUUCAUAUUCAAAUGAGGGUGAUAUGAAUUUAUUGCAGCCUUGUAUUCUUUGAUCA